AUGCUUACUCUGCAGCGCUUUCUGCUAGUGUGCGCCCUCCUUGUCGUCGCGCUCGCUGCUCCAGCCCCGAUAUCGCCAUCUCGAUCCGGGAUAUGGCUCUUGACUAACGCGCAGAAGCUAUCCCUAACAGCAAGGAGUCGUGAUGCGCUACACAAUGCCAGCUUGCGAAGGAAUAUAUUUAAAUCCCUCCGCAAAACAGAUCCACCCACAUCUGCUGCAGCUGUUCCGAGUCGUCACUCGCUCGAUGCCUUCCUUCAAGCGCACAAUACAGUAAGAAGGGCACAUGCAUUCAAACCGAAGGAACAAAAGAUGUCUCGGCCCAACGUUGCGGCACUUGCUGGCUGGUUUACGGAUCAUCAAAGCAUCCAAUCCAAGAUUGCCUCGCAAACCAAAUUUCCUGCCUUGAACAUGGCAUCUAUCCCUCAUUCAAAUUUGCAGAACACUCGUACGCUGAAAACCAAGAUGGGACAACAAUCCGGGAGAAAAGCAGCUCCACUGGGAACAUCAAAAGACUUGGCAGGACUUUUUCGCACAUCUUUGCCAAUCGCAAAUCGCAUGGGGCUGACUGGUGACACUUGCACGAGCACGUCAGAGUGUACAGAUGGAAGAUUGUGUGUAGACAUAGCCAACGAAGUUACGUGCUCUUCCGGCGAGGGAUGUAUAUGUGUACCUACGGACGGAGCUGAGUCAUGCACGUCCAGCGACGAUUGCUCGACAGCUGGAGAAGUGUGCGUGCAGGGAAAUGAGAGCACGCUGUGUUUCUCUGAAGAAGCUGUAAAUGCUGGAGAUAACGAGGAGACGUCCACGACUGGCGGCACAGGUUCCGGUGGCGGAAGUGGGCUGACUGGUGACACUUGCACGAGCACGUCAGAGUGUGCGGAUGGAAGAUUGUGUGUAGACAUAGCCAACGAAGUUACGUGCUCUUCCGGCGAGGGAUGUAUAUGUGUACCUACGGACGGAGCUGAGUCAUGCACGUCCAGCGACGAUUGCUCGACAGCUGGAGAAGUGUGCGUGCAGGGAAAUGAGAGCACGCUGUGUUUCUCUGAAGAAGCUGUAAAUGCUGGAGAUAACGAGGAGACGUCCACGACUGGCGGCACAGGUUCCGGUGGUGGAAGUGGGCUGACUGGUGACACUUGCACGAGCACGUCAGAGUGUGCGGAUGGAAGAUUGUGUGUAGACAUAGCCAACGAAGUUACGUGCUCUUCCAGCGAGGGAUGUAUAUGUGUACCUACGGACGGAGCUGAGUCAUGCACAUCCAGCGACGAUUGCUCGACAGCUGGAGAAGUGUGCGUGCAGGGAAAUGAGAGCACGCUGUGUUUCUCUGAAGAAGCUGUAAAUGCUGGAGAUAACGAGGAGACGUCCACGACUGGCGGCACAGGUUCCGGUGGCGGAGUUCAGGAGACGCCUACGGCUGGCGACGGAGAUUCGGAAAGCGAGGGUUCCAUCACGAACCCGGAUGGACUCGAUGUCCCACCAGGCGGUAAUGACGACGAAGAUGAUGUGUGUAUAGACGUUCGAGCCCUCGGGCAUCUUUCUAGCAAUGGACUUGUGUUCGAGAAGCACGCCGUCUCGCGGGUUCUAUGUGAUGAGAACGACAGCUGUGCCACACGCGGUCACAUGGUCGUGUUCCGCGGGCACGCGAUGAGAAUGAGCACGUACUGCGAAUCGGUUGGGUGCAAAGAGGCGGUGAUGGAGGUGAACAGUCCUCGCUUCAAACGUGGGAUGCGCAUUGAGUCCAACACGAAGGGGCUGGAGUACACAGCGUUUGCUGCACGGUACGACACGCAGGCUGAAGAAAGUUUGAUUAGGAUGGCUGUACGUUUUGGGCUGUGA